GCUGUCACGGACGCAGAACCCAUUCUGGUGGAUCACCAAGACAAGCAGUUGUCGAGUAACAACCACAGUCACAUCUCCGAUCUUAAACAGAAUGGGAUCCUCUAAGCUGGCCCUGCUGCUGGUCAUUCUGUCCUGUGUGGAGCGCAGUUUUUCUUCCUCCUGUGUUGUUGACAGCUUCACAGUCAAGAAAGACUUCGAACCCAAUAGGUAUGCAGGAAAGUGGUACGGACUGCAGAAGAAAGAUCCAGAAGGCCUCUUCCUGCAGGACAACAUCUCAUCCGAGUACACCAUCGAUGACGACGGCUCCAUGGUCGCCUUGACCAAAGGACGUGUCAAUCUGUUUGGCUUCUGGGUUGUGUGUGCUGACAUGGCUGCCCAGUACACUGUCCCCGACCCUGCCACCCCUGGCAAGAUGUACAUGAAAUACCAGGGACUGGCAAGCUACCUGUCCAGUGGAGAUGACAACUACUGGGUGAUCGACACCGACUACGACAACUAUGCCAUCACCUACGCCUGCCGCACUCUGAAGGAAGACGGAAGCUGCGAUGACGGCUAUGCCGUCAUCUUCUCCAGGAACCCCCGUGGUCUGCCUCCUGCCAUGCAGCGCAUCGUCCGUCAGAAACAAGAGGAAAUCUGCCUGGCCGGAGAGUUUCAGCCUGUCCUGCAGUCUGAUGCCUGCUAAAGAGAGAGAGGAGAAGAGAGUGAGGAGAGUGUGAAGCGGAGAAAGCCAGCUGGCUGCAGUAAAGGAGGCUUGAAGGAGAGAGAAUGAGAAUACAUGUGACAGAAGGCCUGCAUGUAUGAGCGAUGGUUUGCAUUGAAUGGACAGACACAAUUAAAUAAUAAGGAGAGGAGGAUAAACACUGUGUAUGUCUAACCAGGAUUUCUACAAUUUGCAUUUUUUUUAUCCAUUUCUUCCUCUAUCACUCCAUGUACAUCCACUGUUUGUCAAAGAAUUU